GACCGCACUAUAGCAGAUAUACUGCUACAGGGCGGCACCUGUGCGCAAAAUCACAUAUAUAUACAAGUGAUUUUGCAUUUCCGGGUAUGGGGUGUGCCGCCAUUCGUGGCUGCAGAUGUCAAUCACCGGGUCCCGGCCGGUAAUUACCUGCUGGCGUCCGGUGAUUACCGAGCAUCUCCGACGGGGAGGAAGAGAUUGUUUUGUUUACAAACAUUCUUGCUCCCUUUCAGCUCAAACACACUGCUCGGGAUGGCUGUACACAGUACAGCCAUGCGGAUCCGUGUGCUUACAGUGAACACCCCCCCCCCUCCCUCUAGUAAAAUACACACAGUUAACCCUUUGAUCACCCCUCACAUUAAUCCCUUCCUGCCC